UAACGACCUUAAAUGUCCAUUUUCUUCAAAGCUCCGGUGGACAUCGAGAUACGUCUUGAAGCCGAAGAUUCUCGUAAGCACGUUGAUGUCAAAAACCCCCAGGGAAGAAUAGAUAAGCUCCCGGUGUACAAGGAUGGUGAAACCGUCAAAGGAUCCGUCACGAUCCGUACCAAGGAAGGACGGAAAGUCGAACAUACAGGGGUCAAAGUCCAACUUCUUGGGUCAAUUGAGACCAGCACCGACUCCAUAACGGCAUCUGAGUUUCUCACGUUGGCAACUGAAUUGGCAGAACCGCUGGUGCUUACACAUCAGGAAACCUAUCCAUUUGAGUUCAAGAACGUUGAGAAGCAGUAUGAAAGUUACCGGGGAAAAAACGUUCGUCUACGUUACUACAUCAAAGUCUCCGUUUCACGGAGAUCACUGCUGGAGAUUACCAGGGAGAAGGAACUUUGGGUUUACCAAAUCACCGAAGUUCCCAAUGAAAGUCCUCUGUCAAUCGUCAAAAUGGAUGUGGGGAUCUUAGAUUGUCUUCAUAUAGAGUUUGAGUACCUGAAAUCACGCUACUCUCUCAAGUCGGGCAUUAUGGGUAAAAUCUACUUCUUGUUAGCCCGGCUCAAAAUCAAGCACAUGGAGAUCUCAUUAAUUAGACGAGAAACUGUGGGUGCUGCUCCCAAUCAAGUCACCGAUAGUGAGACGGUGGUGCGGUUUGAGAUUAUGGAUGGUGCUCCUGUCAAGGGAGAAACUAUUCCUAUUCGGCUUUUUUUGGGUGGGUUCGAUCUCAUUCCCACAUAUAAGGAUGUGAAUAAGAAGUUCAGUGUGAGGACUUAUUUAAGUUUGGUGUUGAUAGAUGAGGAUGCCAGACGGUACUUCAAGCAGAGUGAGAUCUUGUUGUACCGAGACUCAUGAAUCUCCAACAAGCAGACACUCUCAGUCCUCAAUCCGCCAAUAUGCCUCUAGGUACUUGAUAUAAAUUACACACUGAACAAGUUGGUACUCGAAUUGUCCCCUUGUCUAUUGAGAUACAACAAAUACAAACCACCUUGCCAGGUCAAGGACGU